AUGGAAGAUGCCGCAGCGCCUCCGUCCUCGUCGUCGGGUUCGGCCGUGAAGGGGGUGAGGCUGAGGGUGGUGGGAGUGUGCGACAGUAAAUCCAUGGUGGUCAAAACUGAUUUUCUGAUUUCCGAAUUGGAUGAUGAGUUUUUGCUGCGACUUUGCGAAGUCAAGUCCAGUGGAUCUUCCCUUGGGGAGCUUGCUGAUUUUGGUGAGUGUGAAGUUGUUUUGGGUCAUCAAAUCGAGAGGAAAAUCGUGGAUGUUGCUGCCACACUUAGUAAAUCUAGUGGAUUGGUGGUUGUUGACUGCUCAGCCAGCUCUGAAACUAUUUCCUUGUUGAAUCAAGUUGUGAGUUUAUAUUGUUGCGUGGUUCUGGCAAACAAGAAGCCUCUUACUUCUCCACUGGAACAUUAUGACAAGCUGGUCUCACGACAUAGGCGAAUUAGAUACGAGUCAACCGUUGGUGCUGGUCUUCCAGUCAUCUCAACUAUAAAUCGUAUCCUUUCAUCAGGAGACCCGAUCUCCCGCAUUCUGGGAAGUUUGAGUGGUACGCUGGGCUAUGUGAUGAGUGAGGUUGAAAGUGGAAGGCCCUUUAGCCAAGUAGUCAAUGCUGCAAAACACCUCGGAUACACUGAACCUGACCCACGGGAUGAUCUCAGUGGGAUGGAUGUAGCUAGAAAGGCACUGAUCCUAGCUCGACUUCUUGGGCACCGCAUCAACUUGGACAGUAUUAAGGUCGAAAGCUUGUUCCCUGUGGACAUGGGACCUGAUGUGAUGCCGCUGGAAGAAUUUUUAGUGAAUGGGCUUCCAUUGAUUGAUAAAGAUAUCCAAAAACGGAUAGAUAAUGCUGGUUCAAAAGGAAAUGUAUUGCGUUAUGUUUGUUUGAUUGAGGAGUCCAGGUGUGAAGUCGGCAUACAAGAAGUCGCAAAGGAUUCUGCCCUCGGUAGAUUGAAGGGGAGUGAUAAUGUGCUAGAGAUAUACAGCCGGUGCUAUAGAGAACAGCCACUGGUGAUUCAAGGUGCUGGGGCAGGCAACGACACUACUGCUGCUGCCCACCCGAAUCCGAAUGUCACCCUACACCCACACCCGGAGAACCACCCACAUCCUACCCCGGCAGAAGCCAUUGACUUAGGCCCAGAGCAACAAAGCCCUGACCGCAGCCUGGCCACGCCGACCAUCCCCCCCGAAUAG